CCCGGGUUGCCAUGGUGACCGGCGGCAGCCACAGCAGGGCCGGCCCCAGCGCCAGCGCCGCGGCGGCUCGGCAGGGCGCAGUGUGUGGGUGAGCGCGGCCGGAGCGGGCGCGGCCCGGCCUCAGCAUGGAGGACGGCUUCUCCAGCUAUAGCAGCCUGUACGACACGUCCUCGCUGCUGCAAUUCUGCAACGAUGACAGCGCAUCUGCUGCCAGCAGCAUGGACGUAUCAGACCGCAUCGCCUCUCUGGAGCAGCGAGUCCAGAUGCAGGAGGAUGACAUCCAGCUGCUCAAGUCUGCGCUGGCCGACGUGGUUCGGAGGCUGAACAUCACGGAGGAGCAACAGGCUGUGCUGAACAGGAAAGGACCGACCAAAGCGAGACCACUGGGGCAGACCUUGCCACUGAGAAGCACCGUCAACAAUGGCACCGUGUUACCAAAGAAACCCAGCACUUCCCUCCCCUCCCCCUCGGGGUCCAGGAAAGAAAUGGCUGUGCCAGUAACCAAAAGCAUCCAUAGGACCAGCUCUUCUGAACGAGUGUCUCCUGGUGGCCGGAGGGAGAGCUCUGGGGACUCCAAAGGAAGCCGGAACCGCACAGGCUCCACCAGCAGCUCCUCCAGUGGUAAGAAGAAUGAGAGCAAACCCAAGGAGCCUGCAUUCAGUCCAGAAGAAGGAUAUGUAAAAAUGUUUCUUCGAGGCCGCCCCGUCACCAUGUACAUGCCCAAAGACCAAGUGGAUUCUUACAGUUUGGAAGCAAAAGCUGAAUUGCCGACGAAGCGUCUGAAGCUGGAGUGGGUCUACGGGUACCGGGGUCGGGACUGUCGCAAUAACCUGUACCUGCUGCCCACGGGGGAGACCGUGUACUUCAUCGCCUCAGUCGUGGUGCUUUACAACGUGGAAGAGCAGCUGCAGAGGCACUACGCCGGCCACAGCGAUGACGUCAAGUGCCUAGCGGUCCAUCCUGACAGGAUCACCAUAGCAACAGGACAAGUCGCAGGCACAUCUAAGGAUGGAAAGCAACUGCCGCCACACGUGCGCAUCUGGGAUUCCGUGACGCUGAACACGCUGCACGUCGUUGGAAUAGGCUUUUUCGACCGGGCUGUCACCUGCAUCGCCUUCUCAAAAUCUAACGGAGGAAGCCACCUCUGUGCUGUGGACGACUCCAACGAUCAUGUGCUGUCUGUGUGGGACUGGCAGAAAGAAGAGAGACUGGCUGAUGUGAAGUGUUCGAAUGAAGCAGUUUUCGCUGCGGAUUUCCACCCCACAGACACCAAUAUCAUCGUCACCUGCGGGAAGUCACACCUCUACUUUUGGACCCUCGAAGGAAAUUCCCUUAACAAGAAGCAAGGGUUGUUUGAGAAACAAGAGAAGCCAAAGUUUGUCCUUUGCGUGACGUUUUCUGAAAACGGUGACACCAUUACCGGAGACUCGAGCGGCAACAUCUUGGUGUGGGGAAAAGGUACAAAUCGGAUAAGCUACGCAGUCCAAGGGGCCCACGAGGGUGGCAUUUUUGCACUUUGUAUGUUGAGAGACGGCACGUUGGUGUCAGGAGGAGGAAAGGACCGGAGGCUCAUUUCCUGGAAUGGAAACUAUCAAAAACUUCACAAAACGGAGAUUCCUGAGCAGUUUGGCCCAAUACGGACAGUGGCGGAGGGGAAGGGCACUGUCAUCUUGAUAGGCACAACUAGAAACUUCGUCCUGCAGGGCACCUUGUCGGGGGAAUUCACACCCAUCACUCAGGGUCACACUGAUGAGCUCUGGGGACUGGCCAUCCAUGCCUCCAAACCUCAGUUCUUGACCUGUGGGCAUGACAGGCAUGCCACUCUCUGGGACGCUGUCAGUCACCGGCCAGUCUGGGACAAAAUCAUAGAGGAUCCAGCUCAGUCCUCCGGUUUUCAUCCUUCAGGAUCUGUGGUUGCCGUGGGGACACUGACUGGGAGGUGGUUUGUGUUUGACACGGAAACAAAGGACUUGGUCACCGUCCACACAGAUGGAAAUGAGCAGCUGUCGGUGAUGCGUUAUUCACCAGAUGGGAACUUCCUAGCGAUAGGCUCCCACGACAACAGCAUCUACAUAUACGGAGUCGGCGACAACGGGAGGAAAUACACGCGAGUUGGCAAGUGCUCCGGUCAUUCCAGCUUCAUCACCCACCUGGACUGGUCCAUGAACUCACAAUUCCUGGUGUCAAACUCUGGGGACUAUGAGAUCCUUUACUGGGUUCCGUCCGCCUGUAAGCAGGUCGUGAGUGUGGAAACCACGAGGGACAUCGAGUGGGCCACCUACACCUGCACCUUGGGGUUCCACGUUUUCGGGGUGUGGCCGGAGGGCUCAGAUGGCACAGACAUCAACGCCGUCUGCCGCGCCCACGAGAAAAAGCUCCUGUCCACGGGCGAUGACUUCGGGAAAGUGCACCUCUUCGCAUACCCCUGCUCGCAGUUCAGGGCUCCAAGCCACAUCUACAGCGGACACAGCAGCCACGUCACCAACGUCGACUUCCUCUGCGAAGACAGCCACCUCAUCUCCACGGGUGGGAAAGACACGAGCAUCAUGCAGUGGCGGAUCAUUUAGUGCCCACCGGAUCCCUGGGAGCAGAUCGUGCCCAAGGAGAAGACGGACUCGCGUUCCGCUUGGUCACUGUGAUUU